CAUUGCUUCCUUCUUUUUCUGACUUUUUGGAGUUUUGUUUUCUCUUAUCCUUGAGUUGCAUUAUGUCCUGUUUCCUUACGAAUUUUAAUAUAUAUUUCCUUUUCAAAAGUUAGCUAUAUUUAGCAUGUACGCAAUUCGGUUCACAAUUUCCAACGGGUUUCCAGUCUUGCAGUCCCCCACAACAAGCCAGCAGUCACCAAAACCUUCAUCUCCACCAAUUAACUUAAGCCAUCUACUCCUUUAUUUGCUUCGUUGGGUCAAAGGUUUGGGUUGAUCAGGAACUACACUCUUUGCACGUUCAGUAGAGGUUCCUGUCAACUCCUUUUGACUGUAAUGAGUAACAGUAUCGAAGAUGAUUCAUUUUCUAAGCCUGUUGGAAGAUGGUCUGUUUACUGUUAUGGUGUGGGUCACAUGCUAAAUGACAUCACUUCUGCAUGCUGGUUUACUUAUCUUCUAUUGUUCUUAACUGAGAUCGGGCUCUCCUCUAGGGAUGCUGCUAUUGUCAUGCUUUCCGGCCAAAUAGCCGAUGGUCUAGCCACCAUAUUUUUUGGUGAACUGAUUGACAGGUUUGGACAUUUCAAAAUCUGGCACGGUGCAGGAGCUAUCUUGGUUGCUGUUUCUUUUUCUUCGGUUUUUGGUGGUUGUAUACCUUGUAAACUCCUUUCGUCUUUCUCAGCAAUAGUAGAGACUGUUUCAUACAGUACAUUUGCUGCAAUUUUUAAUGUCGGCUGGGCUGCUACUCAGGUUUCACACAUGUCCAUGGUGAGUUGCAUCACUCUCAAUUCAACAAGCAGAGUAGUACUGGCAAGCUGUCGAAAUGCCUUUACAAUGGUUGCAAAUCUCAGCCUAUAUGGAAUUGCUUUUAUAGUAUUUGAAGUCAUCAGAGCAGAAACACGUGCAGAUAUUGAAAAUCAGUACCGUUGGAUUGCAUACUUAUCAAUAUUCAUUGGAUGCUGCUUUGUGGGAGUAUUUUAUCUUGGAACAAAAGAACCGAGAUCGAAGACAGGUAUACAUGGAGAUAUUCAUGCAAGGAUUUCGUGGACUUACUGGUUCUUGAAAAUUUUAUACUAUCAAGUUGCUAUUGUUUAUAUGCUUACAAGACUAGUACUUAAUGUUUCACAAGCAUAUCUCGCAUUCUAUGUAAUUGAUGAUUUGCAAAUGGCACAGUCCUCUAAAGCUUUGGUUCCUGCCAUUAUCUAUAUUUGCAGCUUCGUAGUAUCUAUUCUUCUUCAGGAGAUUGCAUGGAAAGAGCAACGCCUGAAGGCUUAUUAUACUGCUGGAGGAAUUCUUUGGAUUUUUUGUGGUAUAGCGAUUAUCCUCUUACCUCGAAGGAUGAGUCUAUUCGUGUAUGCCAUAUCCAUAUUUAUUGGAAUAGCAAAUGCAUUAAUGACGGUGACUGCUGUGAGCAUGCAGAAUGUGCUAAUCGGUCAAGAUCUUAAUGGUUGCGCAUUUGUCUGUGGAUCAUUGAGCUUCUUGGAUAAAAUCUCAUGUGGGCUCACCCUAUUUGUUCUUCAAUCCUUUCAUAGUAGCUCACCAAUAGUUGCCGGAAACUAUUCAACCGGUAACUUUUCAAUCACAAGAUACGGUUUAGGACUCGUGCCGGCAUUUUGUUCACUUGUUGGCGUGGCGGUUACUUGGACCAUGGAACUACGUAUCCCGUCGUACAAACCACUGACUGAAACCCUACUGGAAUGACAUAAAAUGUUAAUAAUACCAAUAAGUCAUUUACAGCUUAGAAAAGAAAGCAUAGCAUCAUAUGGUUGAUUGGGGGAGGAAUUGAAGGGAUAACAAGUGAAGGACAUUUGCUCAAUUGCAGUACAGUCCAAGACAGUCAGCAAUGGAGAAUAUCAACAGUUUGUUAACAGUUAUAGUGACAGUAACUACUAUUAUUGAAACACUAACUUGCAAGAUUCAACAACUAUUGUAUUGAUUUUAAUGAUUUAUUUCAGCUUUUUCUUUAUCA